AUACACGUGCAUAUAAUCUCUACGCUGCUGUCAACGAUACAUAUUUCGGGUUGAAAUACAAUGCCUAUUUGUCAUAUUAAACGUGUAAACGGUUAUUACUGUCGUGAUGACCGAUGUUAACUUACCAGGCAGUGACAGUUGGCUUCUGAAAACCACAUAAACGCAGCUAGCACGUGUCUAUUUACCUGAUUAAACGUUACGUCUUUGUAAUGGCUGUUCUCUCCUCUCUGCUGUGUUCACCGGCUCGUCUCGUUACACCAUCUCGGUUAGGAUUUUUUUGGGAGCUUGCCGUUCGCAAACGGAUGACAUGUUACUCCCUGUCCGUCCAACGUUGCUGCACGUCGGACACUUCAAACUCAUCCACUGAUCAUCUCAGCUCUGGACUUGAGAGGUACAAGGACUUGCAGAAGUAUUUCAACAGGAGACUGAAGGCAACGUACCGCAGGUUGUCCAACACACCUGAUCACUCAUCGAUCUGUGGACAUCACCAUGAGUAUUUCAUUGAGAGUGAUGGCAUCUACAGAUUGGACCAGAGACAGAGUGAGCCGGUGUCAGAGCAGGUGCUAAAUCUAGAACAAGUCUCUGGACAGGAGGAGAAGACAGGAGUUGAUAAUGAAGAGAGGAAGCAGAGGAUUCAGUGGACUGUUCAGAGAAUACGUCUGUCCCCACAGGAAAAGCAUCUUGCUGCAACACUAAAAACUACUAACGGAGAAGAGCCGAGGUGUGUGGUUGUGAGACUUGGAAAGAGAAAGUCCUCCCCUCUGGAUCCCCCACACGUCGUAUUCACUCUGGAUAAAGUCUUGAGCUUUGAGUGGGCCACAGACGAGGUCCUGUUUUACACAACUCUGGAGGGUCUACGCUGCGGCAGAGUGCUUCGGCUGGACCUGACCCCCGGUGGAAGCAGGAUAACUUCUGUGUAUGAGGAAACGCAUCCCGAUGUGUUUGUGGAGGUUGCCCUUUCAAGAGACAGACAGAUACUGAGCAUCAAUUGCAGCAGCAGGACCAGUUCAGAGGUGCUGCUAAUUGAUACAACAGCAUCCCAUUUAGAGCCUUUCCUGGUUCAGCCACGCCAGCCGGACCUCCUGUACCAUGUGGAGCACUGGAGAAAGGGUCUGAUUAUACUGACUAAUACAGGGCCUGGACAAGAAUAUCAGGUUGUACAGGCCCCUCUCUCGGAGCCACACAUGGUCUCCUGGGUGCCGUUGUUUGCCCCUGGCCCUGGCACUGCCAUCAAAGACAUGGACGUGGUUGGCGACCACUGCGUGUUAGUUGCGAGAACACCAGCCGGUGAGCUCAUCCUGGUCGUGGUCCCGCUGACCCAUCCCAAGGAGGCAUACACUGUACAGCUCCCUUCCUGGGCCUGUGCCAUCCAAACCAAGACACCAGGUGUGGCAGACCAACGCGGUGUGUUAGAGUUCUUGAUUUCAUCUCCAGUCCACCUCCCGGUGCCCUACUGUCUAAACCCUGAGGACGGGCUACUUUUAUCAGGCACCGGAGAUGGGACCUCCCUAGAGAGCCAGGGGAAUUAUACCACCACACGCUUAGAGGCCUGCAGCCAAGAUGGUACCUUGGUGCCGGUGACACUGUUUCAUUCAAAACCUGUGGAGAGUUUGCGCCAGGCGCCGCUACUGGUCCGUGUCUACGGAGCAUAUGGCAGAGAUCUCAACAUGGAGUUCUGCCCAGAGAAAAGGCUGCUGCUGGAGCAGGGCUGGACUCUGGCCUUCUGCCACAUCAGAGGUGGAGGAGAGCGUGGCCUGUUCUGGCAAAGACAAGCUCGCGUAGAGGGGAAGCAGAGAGGAGUGGAGGACCUCCAAGCCUGUCUCCAUCACCUCUUCUCUUUAGGAGUCUCGUCUCCUUCACUCACUGCCCUCACAGCCUGCAGUGCUGGUGCUGUGCCAGUGGGAGCGCUGUGCAACAGACACCCACACAUGGUGCGGGCUGUCACGCUGCAGGCUCCUUUCCUGGAUGUGUUGGGAGCUAUGGAGGAUCCCAGCCUGCCUCUAACUUUGGAGGACAGAGAAGAAUGGGGGAACCCAGUAGGAAACCCAAAACAUAGACUAACCAUCUCCUCCUACUGUCCCCUUCACAACAUUACCCCUCAGUGCUACCCAUCGAUUCUGCUGACAGCAUACAGCGGUGAUCGUAGGGUUCCUCUGGCAGGCGUCCUCAGAUACACCGAGCAGUUAAAAAACGCCAUUCAUACCCACCUCACCAUGAAACCAGAGUCAGAAUGUGAACCAGCACCAAACGUAGUUCUGAAUAUUCAACCUGGAGCAAAUCACCACGGACCAGAUGACUUUGAGUUGAUGCUGGAGGAGGAAGCCCUCACGCUAGCGUUCCUACACACAGAGCUGGACCUGGACCCUCCUCGGCCUCCACGCAGGAGGAAGAGAUAGCACAGCUAUGAGGGGGAAAUCAGGAAUCUAACCACAAUGACCUAAACAUCUGCCAUCAUGACCACAGUAUGAGCCCAAAUCUUAAUCCACAUCAACAGUGAAUGUAUCUGCAAUGGUCCUCUUUAUUAUAUGACAUGGAUCUCGUACAGAGAAAAAGAAUCUUGAUCGUUUGAUUGCUGCUGUGAACUUUAAUAACUUUUCAUUUUAGCAUUUAUAAAGUAUAUCCAUGACACUCAAAUAGCAGGCCUUCUCAGAGACGUAGCACUGUUCUGGGUGGUUCGGAUUAAACCGAGUGCUGGUGGAGUACUGAAUCACCAAACUCUCUCCUGCCUCCGUCGGGAUACCAGACUUUUGUAACGCCUUGCCGUCGUUGACUUGGUUGGUGCUCUUCAGCACCUUUAGCUGGUCUGGUAGCUCACGAACAGAGGAGAGAUCUGUGAUGGUGGAUUCUUUACCAAAGUUAAGCACCAUGAGGAAAGCUCGGUUAAGCCCAUCCAGCUCUCUGAGGUACGAGAAGACACUGGCAUCGGCGUGGACGUAGCAGAACCAUCCGCGUUGAAGGGCGAGCUCUGACUGACGCAGGGCGGUCAGGAAACGGUACUGAGCCAGAACAGACCCUUCAUCUUCCCUCUGGACCUAGAAGACAGAGAGUGGCACGGGGAUGCACCAUGAUCAGGAUCAAGUUGAACAAGCUCUGGCCAGAUGUUUCUCCAGAGUUGGACAGUAUUGAAUGAGUUCUGUACCUCCACAUUGAUGCUUGUGUAAUUAGGGUGUACAGGCAACCAGGUGAUGUUGGUUUUGUUGUUAAAGCCUGCGUUCAUGUCACCGCUCCACUGCAUUGGAGACCGCUGAGGGUCCCGACUGGCACUCUGCAGGGAAAUGUGAGCACAAUGAAUGUCUAUGGACAUACUUUCAUGCACGUGCACUCAGUUUGCCACAAUCCUACCAUCAUGAAUGUCACAUUGUUCAGUUGUUGAAAUUUCUUUACAGAGGCGGUGAUUUAACUUCAUGGCCUUUUUUCCAGGCUGUAUUUUGUGGUAAAGUUGGAUACAUUUAUGUCACUAUAACACACUUCAUCCUGUUUUGUAACGUCAUCAAUUAAAAGGGCCAUGGCAGAGACGUCACAGUGAGACAUUCCUUAUUGUGUAUGCACAGUACUGACCGCAUUGUAUUUGCCAGCAAGGUCCUGUGUCUGACUGUCUGUGACGUUAAUGUUCUCCAUGCCUAUCUCCUCGCCGUAGUAGGUGGUGGGCGUGCCUGGGAGGGUCAGCAGCAGCAUGUUGAUGACACGAAUGUAGGUCUGACCAGCAGUGGAGGCAAUCCGAGGCUUGUCGUGGUUCCCAACCUUAUACACAGUUUAAGAGAAAUACAUGGAAGAGAAAGCUGAUGUUGAAAAGUGAGGGAUGUGAGAUGUAUAGAUAAAGUGAGCGAGAAUCCUGGGACUCCUGACUCACCAGCCAGGUGGCCCAUUGUCCCCUGGGCAUGUUGGCCAUCCACAGCUGGACCAGAUGUUUAACCCACGAGCCACUGUUGUUCUGAGGCAGGUCCAGCAGGUAAAAGUUAAAGGGCAAGUCACUUUCUUUAACCAGCGGGGUGCCAUAGUACAUCAUGGUCUUGUCCACCUCGUGGUAAUCAUAAGACUCCGACACCAUGAACCUGAAGUGGAUCAAGAACUUGUUUAUGAAAACAUGCAAUCUGAUCCUCAGCCAUACAGUGUCAACAAGACUUGAUUUGAAUCCUUGUGAACUCUGCUGAACUCUUUCAUUGGCCUUUAACAAGGAUUUAAAGUAGAAAUUUAAACCAGAAAAGGUUUCAGACCUGUAGAAAAGAGGGAUAUUUAUAGUCUGAGCUUUAUAUUGCGCAACCUUAUUGUCAUAUUUAUAGACAGUAGUGAAACACAGUUACAUUAAACAGGGACACUCAAAUUGUAAAUACGAGUUUUAAACAUGUGACGCAAGACAAUACAAAGGACUGUUGCAGAAGUAAUAAAAUUAUGAAUGAUGAGCUACGUGAACCUUAUGGCAACGUGAUCAUCAUACGUAGUAGCAAAUGAAGUAGGUAAGAGCAGUAUCAGUCCAAAGUGUACAAUAGUAUUAUUGUAUGGCUCCCGUACCUGUAUCGGCCAGGCUCACGGCUGUAGACAUCCAUCUCAGCCCUCCAGUCCCUCAGCAGGUCGUGCAGGCCCAGCUGACUGGUGGUGUAGUCAUGGUGGAGGUCCCACUCUGAGGCCACAGACUCCUGGAUUGUUGUAAAUAUAAAUAAAUAUGGAGUAAUGUAGCUAUUAUUGGAUGUCAGGCCUAUUCAUUUAAUUGGUUUCGCAUAUGGUUUAGGGUACUAGUGGUCUAUUCACAGUAAAGCUUCCACCCUUAGAUCAUCCACCACAGUGGAUCAAGAGAGCUCAACUGUGUUUUCCUCUGCCCACUGGGAGUUAUGAGAGCUUGGGUGUGAAUGUGUUCCUUUGUCCACCUAAGCACCGGGUCCAGUCACAGGCUCAGAUAGAGAGUAGAGGCCAAGUGAUAAGAGACUUUUGGGUUCAAUAAUGAAGGAGUAGUGUUAAAAAAAUGUUCAGUUUGGUGCUAAUUUUAUUGGUAAAUUAUUGGUUGUUAUUGGGGAAGAAGACAAAAGUAACACAAGCAGAAAAAUAUGUCUUGUUAAGUAUAAAAUGUCAC